AUGACUUUCCCUGAUCUGAUCAAUGCCAGCUUGAAUGGGAACCGGACGGGACAGGGCAGCGCUAACCGGUCCUGGAGGGAGUGGGGGCUGCCGGGGGAGGACGCGGAGACCAAUGGCACCUCCCUGCCUUUGGCCCUGGAUCUCCAGGCGGUGGGCGUGGGGGUCUUCCUGGCCCUCUUCAUCCUUUCGGCCAUCGUGGGCAACAUCCUGGUCAUCCUCUCGGUGGCCUGCAACCGGCACCUGCAGACGGUCACCAACUACUUCAUCGUCAACCUGGCCAUCGCGGACCUGCUGCUCAGUACCACCGUGCUGCCCUUCUCGGCCACCCUGGAGGUGCUGGGCUCGUGGGCUUUCGGGCGCAUCUUCUGCGACAUCUGGGCGGCGGUGGAUGUCCUGUGCUGCUCCGCCUCCAUUAUGAGCCUGUGCAUCAUCUCGGUGGACAGGUACAUCGGGGUCAAGUACUCCCUCAAGUACCCCACCAUCAUGACCGAGAAGAAGGCGGUGGUCAUCCUCGGGGUGGUCUGGCUCUCCUCCAUGGUCAUCUCCAUCGGGCCCCUGCUGGGAUGGAAGGAGCCGCCUCCCCCGGACGAGAGCAUCUGCAGCAUCACCGAGGAGCCGGGCUAUGCCCUCUUCUCCUCCCUCUUCUCCUUCUACCUGCCCCUCAUGGUCAUCCUGGUGAUGUACUUCAGGAUCUACGUGGUGGCCCGGCGGACCACCAAGAGCCUGGAGGCGGGGGUCAAGAAGGAGAGGGGCAAGUCCAUGGAAGUGGUGUUGCGGAUCCACUGUCGCAGCGUGGUGGAGGACUCGCUCUCCAGCGCCCGGAGCAAAGGGCACAACUUCAGGAGCUCGCUUUCCGUGCGCCUCCUGAAGUUCUCCCGGGAGAAGAAAGCGGCCAAGACCCUGGCCAUCGUCGUGGGGGUUUUCAUUCUCUGCUGGUUCCCUUUCUUUUUCGUCCUGCCUUUCGGUUCCUUCUUUCCUUCCCUGAAGCCCUCCGACAUGGUCUUCAAGAUCAUCUUCUGGCUGGGGUACUUCAACAGCUGCGUGAACCCCAUCAUCUACCCCUGCUCCAGCAAAGAGUUCAAGAGAGCUUUCAUCAGGCUGCUCAAAUGUCAGUGCCGCCGGCGCCGCCGGCCCAUCUGGAGGGUGUACGACAACCACUGGCGCGCCGCCUCCAUGAGCAGCUCGGGGCGGGAUUCCGACAUGGACAUGGGGCCCAGAAUCGCCACCCUGAACAGCUCUUUCAUAUUGAACUCCACCCCUCAGGAAAGAACCCCUAAGAGGCGAACGCUAAGCUUCAAAGGGUGGAAAAUGGUCACCGCUUUCCAAAAACCAUCCUCCACCCAACUGAAAGAAAAGAUGAACAGCCUCUCCAACAAAAUAAGGGGCUCCAGCAAAGGGGGCAUGACCGCAGCUUAUAAAAUGGAGGUGGAGUCCGUUUCCUUAGGGAUCCCUAAUGACUUCAUGGAGGCGAUUGACUACCAAAUGUACGAUUUACCAGACUGCUGCGGGCUCAGAGAAACGGAUAUUUAAAGCCCAGGGACAACGAUUUGUUUGUUUUUAAAUGUGCAUUACAUGUGGGUAGAGGGGACGAAAACGGGAUGCAAUCAAUACGUUUGUCAGGCAGGCUGGAAAAAGCGAUCGGGUGUCAAAUGAGCCACCGGCAGGUCUUGUGAUCACCGCCCUCUAAGGUUACAGGAAUAAGGGUUUAGUAUAAGGGCAAUACUAGUGCUCUAAUGGGAUGCCAGAGUCUGAUCCGCUGUAUUGCCAGAUGAAGGAAGCAGUGGGACUGUGGGGUCUAGGGAAACGAUCUGUUUCGUCUGCUGGGGUGAUGGUGUUUCACAGCUGCUGUGCAAUUCAUGGGAAACUAGAAUGCAUCCUUCGCGAUUACAAAAAAAUGGAAAGGUCAACACCAUGAAAGCCCCAAAGCUGGCUGUAAUUCUCCUGUCUUAGUGCAUGUGACCACGUCUCCUUCCAGAGGCUGUUCCCAGCCAGGAUUCAGCGGCUGCUUAGCGACAGCUGACAGAGCUGUUCCGUUAGCUCACGGGUAAGGGCUUAUGGUGAAGGGCCCAGGGUUUGAUUCCUGCUGUCGACUCUGGGGUCUCUGAUAUAUGUGGCCACAGGUUACUACAUAUGCGUAAGAUGGGUUUAUGCCUGAACAGUCCUCCUCACUUACACGCUGAAGCAAAGGGAAGUGCGGGUCCUUUUUCUAAUCCAAAUCUGAGCUACCCUUCUCAUUUUACUUUGAGUUUGAAAAGCGCCCUGAGCCUCGCACAGCACCCACUGCCAGCACCAUCGCUAGCACAUAUUGCUCUGGGUCAGCAGUGAGGAAACACUGCCAGACAUGCUUUUGGAUAUGGGACAUAUCUGGCUCUUCUGCCACCACCUCUUCCUCUCUCUCUCUCUCAAACUAUAGGAGAGAAAUGGUGGCAGCGAAGUUCAGCUCAAGACUCAAACUUCCCCAUAGUUUGGGAUGGAGGUUUCCAUGUAGGCCCAUCUCUGAGGUUAGUAUGUCGGAGCUAAAGCCAAACAUCUCUCCAUAGAGGUUGCCGUUCCCCCUUGUAAUGCAUCAGGGUUCUUGAGCUGAGGCAGUCCAGGAUGAUAGUCAGCGCUCUUGUGCCCUUCUGAUACAAUUCCUUGCCGAGCCGGCGGCGCUCCCCAAGCUGAAACAUUCAGUGGCCCUCAGUAAUCGUCGGUUUUGUUUGCUCUUGUUGUGGCCAAAAAGGGUAGCAAUGAUUUUUUUCCCCACCAUGCAGAUCCAGAUUGAACCCACAUCCAAGAGGAUGUAGUGGCCUUCAGUGCCCUAGACUAUGUGGAGAAAGAAGAUGUGUGACCCCCCCAAAAGGGCAACAGCGGUAGCACCAACAGAGUAUGACCAGGCACAGUGUCGUGUGUUAUGCUUUGUUGUAUAUUUGCACUCAGCCAAUGAGUUGGUCAGGCCACACCCCGCUAUGUAUUUCAUGUGUCUAUUUUUUUGCAUUUGGGGCAGCUGAUAAGCCCAGUAUGCUCCACAAAGAAUGUGUGUUAAUCUUAGAAAUAGACUCAGCCCACAAUCCCUGAAUUCAGAUACCCUGGGGACUUGGGCAGAACGUGGAUCUGAGUCUAAACGUCUUCUCUCAGGUCUGUUCUCUGGUGCCAAUAAAAAUAUGGGAAAACAUGCUCCAUAGUGGAGACAUGCUGUCAAAUCCAUCCCAGGUGUAAUCCCACCCAGGUCAGUGCAGUCCCACCUGGAGCAAAUUUGGCCCAUUAAGACUAACAUGGCUUUCAUUACUGGGGUCUGACGUAUGUUUACCCAGCCGCUCUGACUAAGAUUUUGCAAGAAGCGAAACCGAGCUGCCAGGCUCACAGUGUUAGGAAAACCGGGUGUUAUGGUUUGUCCUCCUUUCUCUUUGUUUUCAA